AGCGACCGAGGGUGGGAAUCUUUUUCGGGCUCCCGGGGGUGGAGGGAGGGGAGCGCGCGUGCGCGCGCCGGGCCGGCCGUCGCCGCGGUGACCGUCCUCCGAGUCCGUCGGCUCGCGCCCCGCCCCCGUUCCUGCUGCCCCCUCCCCUGUCCCGCGCGAAGGGUGUUUCUCGCUCCUCCCGGGUUGCCGCCGCCGUCGCCGCGGCUCCUCCUCUCUUAGUCUUGGGUUUCCCUGGCGCUACUGCCGCCGCUGCCUCUGUGGUCUGUCUGAGGAGGAGGAGGAUGUGAAGAUGGCGGAGCUGCAGAUGCUGCUGGAGGAGGAAAUCCCGGGGGGCCGCCGGGCCCUCUUCGACAGUUACACGAAUCUGGAACGGGUGGCCGAUUACUGCGAGAACAACUAUAUCCAGUCAGCAGAUAAGCAGCGAGCACUAGAAGAAACCAAAGCCUACACCACCCAGUCCUUAGCAAGUGUUGCCUAUCUUAUCAAUACAUUGGCCAACAAUGUGCUGCAGAUGCUGGAUAUCCAGGCAUCCCAACUUCGAAGGAUGGAGUCUUCAAUCAAUCAUAUUUCACAAACUGUUGAUAUUCAUAAAGAGAAAGUUGCAAGAAGAGAAAUUGGUAUUUUGACUACCAAUAAAAACACUUCAAGGACACAUAAGAUUAUUGCUCCAGCCAACCUUGAGCGACCAGUUCGUUAUAUUAGAAAACCUAUUGACUAUACAAUUCUAGAUGAUAUUGGACAUGGAGUAAAGUGGUUGCUUAGAUUUAAGGUGAGUACGCAGAAUAUGAAGAUGGGUGGGCUACCGCGUACAACACCUCCAACUCAGAAACCCCCCAGUCCCCCCAUGUCAGGGAAAGGGACGCUUGGGCGGCACUCCCCCUAUCGCACACUGGAGCCAGUGCGUCCUCCAGUGGUACCAAAUGAUUACGUACCUAGCCCAACCCGUAAUAUGGCUCCCUCGCAGCAGAGCCCUGUGAGGACAGCUUCUGUGAAUCAAAGAAAUCGAACUUACAGCAGCGGGAGUAGUGGAGGAAGCCAUCCAAGCAGUAGGAGCAGCAGUCGGGAGAACAGUGGAAGUGGGAGUGUGGGAGUCCCCAUUGCCGUUCCCACCCCCUCUCCACCCAGUGUCUUUCCAGCCCCUGCUGGCUCUGCUGGUACUCCUCCCCUUCCUGCUACUUCUGCAUCUGCCCCUGCCCCUCUUGUUCCUGCAACUGUCCCUUCCUCCAUUGCCCCAGACGCUGCUGCUGGGGGUGCCCAGACCCUUGCUGAUGGCUUCACUUCUCCAACUCCCCCUGUUGUUUCUUCCACUCCCCCUACAGGUCAUCCUGUUCAGUUCUACAGCAUGAAUAGACCUGCCACUCGCCAUACUCCCCCAACAAUAGGGGGCUCGUUGCCCUAUAGACGCCCUCCUUCCAUCACUUCACAAACAAGCCUUCAGAAUCAGAUGAACGGAGGACCUUUUUAUAGCCAGAACCCAGUAUCUCUUGCUCCUCCUCCUCCCUCCAUCCUACAGGUAACUCCUCAGUUACCUUUAAUGGGAUUUGUGGCCAGAGUUCAAGAAAAUAUUUCAGAUGCACCACCUCCCCCACCGCCUGUGGAAGAACCAGUCUUUGAUGAAUCUCCACCACCUCCUCCUCCCCCAGAAGAUUAUGAGGAAGAAGAGGCAGCUGUGGUUGAGUAUAGUGAUCCUUAUGCUGAAGAGGACCCCCCGUGGGCUCCACGAUCUUACUUGGAAAAGGUUGUGGCAAUUUAUGAUUAUACAAAAGACAAGGAAGAUGAGCUGUCCUUUCAGGAAGGAGCCAUUAUUUAUGUCAUCAAGAAGAAUGAUGAUGGUUGGUAUGAGGGAGUUAUGAAUGGAGUGACUGGGCUCUUUCCUGGGAAUUAUGUGGAAUCUAUCAUGCAUUAUUCUGAGUAAAACUCAGCAGGGAUGUGUUUCCGUCACAGGAAUAGUCAGGUCUUCCCAGAUUAUCAAAAGGCCCUGGGGAUUCCCCUCCAGUGAAAUGAAUGAAGGAUUCAAAUGACAAAAACUACUUGUAUUUUUUUGGUUUAUCCCUCAGUAUUAAAACAAAAGCAAGCUGAAUUUGAACAAAUGGAUCUUUUUGCCAUCACUUAUACUAUGCGGAGCUAUUUGGAUUGAAAUAAAGUGACGGUUUCUGAAUAUAUCAGAGGUAUAACAGUAUAACAAUGUAAAACAAAUCAGGUUAAGACUGAUUCGGAAAAAAAAUCUGGGAUCUUUCUCAGGAAUACUGUGCACCCUUGGCAUUUCUCCUCCUGCGGAAUCUGGCAUUGGAUGCUCUUCAGUGCCUGCGCUAAAGGUUAGCCUCGUGGCUGGUGUGGACCCCAGCCCCAUACUUUCUUCCAGCCGUAAGAGGAGGGAACCAAUAUUUAAAUACCAGACAUGACCAUUUUUUCUAAUUCUUUCAGAAGGCUUAUUUCCUCUUCACCACUGUAAAUUCUGCAUUCUCUCAGCACUCGAGUGUACCAAACAGUUAAUGUUGAGCUGACUUGCAUCCCUUCAUGUUUCUCAGUUCAUAGAUUAUGAGGAUAAGGAAUUGAGUCUCCAAACAACUGGUUAACAGUUGCCAGUUUGGUUUGGUUCUGCUGUGCUGCUGCUGCGUGAGACUGCAUUGCCCCUGAGGGCAGUGCACCCAGAGGGGUGGAGGGUGGUAGCCUGCUUCCCAUGCUGAAGUAGGUGCACACCAAGGUUCCUGAGGUUCUAAAGAGCAUGAACCGUAGAAGUGCUCUGCUCAGUGGGCAUCCUGAACCCUUGCCGUUUUGAGGAGUAGGAGCUUAAAGAUUAGACCAAUUAUUUCUAUACUUUCACUACUUUGAAAAAAAUAUUUUUUUUUAUAAUAGAAGUUAUUUUCCAGUCCAUCGACAGUCACUGGGAAUAAAAGGCUUGCUGCUGUGCUCUCUGAAUGUUACUAAUGGCAAGUGUUAGCUACUGCUGAGUCGUUCACUCACUUAACUUAGUAAAGGUAAAUAUUCCCCUGAUUUUGUAUGAUUGGCCUUUGAUGUAGCUGCUCUGGUUAAGAAUUUGAACCUUAUCUUUCAGGCUAAGAAUACUGGGAUAAGUGGUAUAAGGCCAAAUAUUUAUCCAAGUAUUUUUCUUUUUCAUCUGCACAAUUUUAACUUCACAUUCAGUGGAGUUGGGAAGGCAGAUGGCUUUAGUCAUCUCUUCUGUAAUCAGUAUAAGAAAUAAUGAAACAAAUCCAGGAGGCCUUGCUGCCCAGCAGGUGACUACUGUGAUGAUGAACAAGCUCACAGGCCGAAGCUGCUGUGGGUCCUUCAGCCCAGUGACUUGGCCGGAAGAGAGCUUUGCCUGGUGACUUCCCAGUGCUGGGUGAAAGGUGAGAGGCAGUAGCUGUGUAUGUUUCAAACGUGGGCCUUGAACAUGACAAGUAGUGCAGAGAGAGGAACGUGACUAAAAAAUGAACAAGUGUAGUAGGUGUGAGGGGGUUGAGAUGGUGUGGGCAGAAGUUAAUAUUCCACUUGUGAAUCUGUUACCAGAGCACAAAACUUAUCACCGUUUAACUUGAGACCCAGAUACAGUGUUUCCUUUUUAAGAUUUUUGUUUUUAAAGUCAGUUUUUUUUUUUCCUCUUACGUUGCACGUUAGCUCUUUGGCUUUUAGAGUCCUCCAACACUCUGAAUUUGGUUAUGAAUUUGCCUCCAGUACACAUUACAUUUCAUGCUUUGUUAGGUCAUCUUGUCACCCUUUGUUCCCUGUCUUCCUUUAAAGUAGUGGUCCUGAUGUCCUCUGAGCCUUCAGCUUCAAUAUGGACCCAACCAAGACUGCACUUGGAGAAGUUAAAUUCUUAGUCUUGAUGAAACAAGGGAAACUUUUGAAAUUAGAUGUUCAGAGUUACAUAAAUAGAUUUUUGCUGAGAAAGCUUAGUGGAUUAAUAAGGCAGAGGGUAUUUUCAAAUGCAACAAAUAGUUCCCACAGCUCACACCUACAGAAGCCCAGAAGACAACUGUACAGAGUUGGUGGUGGUCAGCGUGCCUGGUGGACCCCUGCCAGAUUGGGGAGCAGUGAGGACUCUAGUUAAGUCCUUCAUACUGAAGACCUGCUACAAGGGGGUCCUGCUACAAGUUGGCCAGCCAACUUCUCCUUAAUUUUUAGUACUAAUGUGUGAUUUUUUUGUUUUAAAAACAUCUGUUGGAUUUUCUGCAUUAUUUUAAAUUUUCAUACAGUUUGAAAUCUAUAUUAUUGUCUUGAAAGUAUACUAUGUAAUGAAUGGGCCAGGCCUAAAGUCAUUGGAGACUUUAAGGUAUGUACUAUUUCAUAGAUUGCAUGCUAUUAAUAGUCUGUGAGGGUUGUAUUUGCUUUAUCGUAAAUUUUUCCCAUUUAUCUUUUUAUAUAAACCACAGGAUGGUUGGUAGUAGGAAUUCUAAGUAAAUGCAGAAAUCUUACAUGCUACAUAAUAUUGUAGCAAAGAGGAUCCAAGUCUAAAAUCUGCUGAUUAGUAAGCAACUCAUCAGGAUAGAGGGAAUUUUUUUCCUCCUGAAGUUUUUCACUUGUGUCUACUCUUUUUCCUUAAAAAAAAAAAAGGGGGGUGUGUGUGGGAGUUGUUCCUCCUCUUUUUAAAGCAUUACGAUUUGAAAGGCCAUAGGGAUGCAAAUGAAAAUAUACUUCCUGUUGACCUUAUGGCCAAGGCAAUACAUUAAAACCACAAUAGUGUAAAGUCUAGACCUGAGAGAUUCAGCCUGCUGUGUUUGAAAUACAUAUGAUCCCUUAAGAUGUCUCAUUCAGUAUUUUCCAUCUUCUUCAGGGGCACCUGCCAUUUCCACGUAGGGUUGACAAGGGCCUACUACUUUUGCUGUGUUCCUAGAAGUCACUGGGUGAGACAUUUUUAUUCUCCUGCUGCUGUUUAUUACCCAGCGAGAGAGAGAGAGAUCCUCUAAUGUAGCUGUGCUGCUCAGCAGUCUCAUGUUGAUUAAAGAUAAUUACUGAAGAUUUUUGUUUGAGAGGCAUCAAAAUUACAGUAGUUUGCUUUUAUCCUUUUGUGUUUUCUUUUAGCAGGUGACCAGUUUCUGCAUUAAGAAUUAUUCAUUUUUUUUAAAAAAAACCUACAUUUUCUCUUCAGCGGAGAGACAUGGCCUCUUCCAAAGGCCAUCUCUCCCCUCAAAAAGUGUUUGAUAGAGGAAUUAGCAAGUUGUAGCCAAGUCUUGGAAAAGAAUAAGGAUUUGGGAGUUAACACCUUGGCGCAGUGGAUUAAGAAUCUGACUGUGGCAGCUUGUGCCUGACCCCUGUCCUGGUGCAGUGGGUUAAAGGGUCCGUCAUGGCUGCAGCUGUGGUGUGGGUAGCGGCCAGGAUUCAGUCCCUGGACUGGGAACUUCAACAUGCCCUGGGUACAGCCAGCCACUUUAAAAAAGAAAAGGGCCAGGGGUGGGGGAGGAAUCUGAAUCACUUCUGAACUUCUUUGGCCAGAAACUCCUGAUCAGUGUUAAGGUGAUGAUUUCCCUCACAUGAUUUACUUAGAAUCACAGUAUUUGAGAGCUAGAUGAGAUUUUUAGUUCAGUCUCAUUUUACUGAUGGGGUUUUAGAUGUUUCAAUUCAGGUAACACCUGGUUAACAACAGUAGAAUUACUGACUCAAUGCCUGGUACUCUUUUUACAACUGUCUUAAUUGUGCCGUAUGUUUCUUUAAUAAGAGUUCUACUUGACAUCUUUAGGAAGAUACUUGAAAAGAUAUGCUAUGUCUCGACAUAUACCAUCCAAAGUAUUGUUAAAAGGAGUGUAUUAAGUGCAGCCUUAAUUAGUGAAAAUAAUCUUCCUAAUAACCCUUCUAAAACUACACUCAGUACAAAGGGUCUUUUCCGUAAGGUGUAUGUAGCUAAAAUGUUAGUGUCUCAGCACUGGAAGGAGCCCAGCCCAGCCUUAUUCGAGAGCCUUAGAAAACAGUUCUUAAACAGAGGCAUUGCACUCAUUCAUUACCUUAAGUUUAUUUUAUGCUUAUGGAUCUCAUAAUUCUUUUUUAAAAAAUUGACAAAUGAUAGGGCCUAGCUGUGUAUAAAUGAUCCUUGCUAAAUAUCUUGAGGGUUGUUUUUUUUUUUGUAAAAAAAUCCAGGAAAACCAGACAAAAAGCUUAUUUUCACAUUAAAAUGGAACCGUCUUUUGCAACUUCAGAAUUCUAUGGAAAAGCAGUUUUUAUCAUAUUUUGUGUCCAUGCAUCUUUUUCUUAACAACAGAAUGGUUUACAAAAAAGAACGUAAACAAUUUGUGAUCUGGCCAGGUGUACUUUUAGCUCCUGGAGGGAGAGUUGAUAUUAUGACUUGAGUAGAAACCAUGUAGGAAAACUCGAGGGAGCAAUCUGUUGCCAGUGAUGUUGCUUGUGUGUGCCAUUAAACCACCUCCAGAUGAGUGGGGAACACUGACAUUUUAAUUUUGAAAUUGUAUUUGGAAUUAAUUGUUGCUGUGUACUAAGAACCUGACCUAAAUAAAAUCCUACAAAGUACAGCCAAGUGCCUCGUGAAUGUAUUCCUGCAAGUAACCUCUUUUCUAAGGUGAUAAGUUUUAAGUGUCAGAAUCCUUCCCUUUUGCUCUAAAUAAUUAGUUUCUAUCCCUGUUUUUGCUGUAAGCGAACCCAAGGUUUGGAUCACUUUCCACUAAAUAUAUACAGUUCUCAUGUAAAAAGAGCUUCUGUUCUUUUUUGCCCUAGUUUGGUCAAUAACAGUUUGUAGAUACAUUUGAAUCCACAUUUGUACAGACCCUGACCUGGCACCACAACACAUGAUUAUGAUACCAAGGCCUUGUACCAGAAAGUUUCCAUGUUUGUACCUAGCUGUAUUUUUAAAGAAAAAAAAGGUUAACCAGUUGAACACAUUAACUUGUAAUUUACCUUCACACUUCAUGUGCGUGUUGCACAGUCUGCUUUGCGUUAUCCCAACAUAAGACCAGGUUCUUUCUUAGUGGUGCCGAUUCACAAACAGUCAAGUACAGCCCCAGUGUUUAAAUGAAAUCUAUGUAUUUUUAUUAAGGACUGUGUAAGCUGACAUAAUGAAAACACAUAGCUGAAAAAUUACACUGACUGUAUGACUACUGUCCUAAGCCAUUACAAUAGUUUACUGACAGUAACUGGCAAGAGUAACUUGGAAAAUAACUUAAUCCAGCAGUAGAACAAAAACAUCAGUAGUACUGAAUAUAUCUCUCGUAUAUAUACAUCUAUAUAUAUAUAUAGGUUUGCACAAUCAGGGAGCAAGGCACAUAAUGAAAUGAGAGUACAUUUAAGCAGAAGAAAACAGCAACAAAACUGAAAGAAAAACCAUUAACUUCAUCUUUACCGAGCUGUGCAUAAUUAUUUGAAUAAUUGUCCUCUAUCCAGUACUUUAAAAUGCAGUUCAUUUUGCUUUCUUUUCCAUGCUUUAAAAAGGUAUAUCCUACAUUGUAUCUAUUUAUUUAUGGCAAAGCUCCCAUAGCCUAGAUGUCAAUGUGAGCCUUUGCUCCAUUUUUUUAAGAACUAGGAAGAGCGGGAGCAAUCCCAGUUAAGUAUAGUGUGCAAUUUUUCUUUAAAACAGUAAACAAUGUUUUUACAACAUUGAGCACAAGCUAAUAUUUCAAAUGUACAUUUCUAUAAAAGGAGUUUACUAGUGGCUGAUAAUACACAAAAUCAUUUGAAACAUUCCAGUUAAUGCUUAUUUUCUAGGAGGGAUUAUUUACAAGUAGAGACAAAUACAGGAGGUGAUAAUCAAGAAAAAUGGCAGUUUUUGGUAUUAGGUUACAAUAAACUUAAACAAUGGACAAGUCCCAAAAUGCAGAUCUUUUUUUUAAGUGCCGCAAGCAUGUUCUGCCUAAGAGGUUGAGGCUUCAACAACUAUGAGCUUGGUAUUAAUAGCCAUCCAUGAUCCACACACUCACUUCUGAACCUGACCAUCUUUUAAAUAAGCAGUAUCCACCAUCACCCUGACUAGACUCACUUCCCUAAAUGUCUUUGGUAGAAAGCAGCCUAACCUCGUUUAGGUAGAUGAAGCCAUCUCUUGUGAGACAGUCACUUUAUCUUUUUCUGCACAAACUAAAACCACCUUCCUUCUCUUUCAUUAGCACCUCAAAGUUUGCUUGUUGGAUUUUUUCUUUAUGCUGUUCCUCCAAAAGAGUUCAAGGCACUGGGGAUUAUAGCAGAUAUUGUUUUCUCUUCUAAAUGGGCUAUUACUUUAACAAGCAAAGAGCAAACCAAUUGGAGAUUAUUUCCUUCAAGUGCUUAUCAAGUAUAUGGUGUUUCGCUUAUUUUUAUUUAGCAGGUUAAUUCUGCAGCUAAAUUUCAGAUUUCUUUUAUAUAUAAACCUUCCAAGGGCACAAUUAAGAACACUUGUUUAGUGUGAGGGAGACUGGUAAAAGGGGUAGCAGUGUUCUUUGAAUAAUUUCCUAUUUAUUUAAAGGAAAAUAAAUCUUAAAAGAUACCGAGAUACUUAAUUUUGUACUACUUGUAUCUCUCCGAGGUUCAAAUCUCAACUUUGUGGGUGGUCACAUAUUCCUAACAAUAUGAAUAACCUACUUAUUCAUGUUCAGGGAUAACCUACUUUAUGCAAAUGAUCUAAAGUGUAUAAAACAAAACUCCAAGUGUAUUUGCAACCUAAAGUGAUUUUUUUUAGAGAUAGAGGUCCUCUUCUUAUCAAGUGUAUAAAUUCAAGUUACCAAACCUGUUUUAUUUAAAGCAAGUCAUUAUAUCUCUAAUCACACUGGGUCAUACAAACUUAACUGGUCUAAACUUAAGUCUGUGAGGUGACAUCAGUUAUAAUUUGUUAGCUCUGAAGCUAACUAUAUGAGAACUAUAUGGAAAAGUUUGGUUAUAAUAAUGUACAAAACUAGACAAAGGAAAAAUAAGUGACAAAGGGUUCUGUUGGUGGCCUGUUAGUGAAAUCAAAGCAAUCACACCAUUACCUGAAGGUUUUUUCAGGCUACUCAUAACCUUAUACUCUUGACAUAAGCUUAGUAGCCACUGUAGUCUUCCAGCUCCUGAAACUCUUAGUUGGAUGCACAGUUCCUAGUAACUUUGACCUCAGAGUUGUCACUCUGUUGGAGUUAACUAUUCAUGAUCCUCCAAUUCUGUUUAGACUGUCUUGAUAAACUCAGGAUUAUUUUCAGUGGCAAGUAAACUUACACAGAGGACUUCCAAGACAGUUCACAGCCCUCACCUAACAGGAUAUGCUGUCAGUGGGCAGGAGCACCUUGAUUUUAGAGACUGAAAACAUCAGCCCGUCUGCAUUACUUUGAGAUGGGUUCUGAUGAAAACUGUUUCAUCUAACUUUUCUGAAGAGUCAGUAAACUUUCUCACCUUAAAAAGCCCCAGAAAUAAUAAUUUAAAAAAACCAAUUUACAGUUCAGUGGGUACCUGUAAACCUUAAGAAUAUUCACUUUUCCCGAGAGAACUAUAGCAGCUAAGAGGGAAAAAGUGUAUUUGACCAGUGAAAGCCAAGCUUUAAUACAGAAAGAUCUAACAUUCAUAUUAUGAACCAGGUAGACUGUAUUAUUAAAAGAAUAGGCUCUGCUGCCCUUCAGAAUUGGUGCCAAAACUUUUAAGCAUAGGUUGAUUCAAUUUUGAAAUUGUGUGGUAAAAAUUAAGGUUUUAGCUAAUUAACAAGUCACUAGCUCUAACAGGCACCUGUUUGCACUGCCCUCGAUAGCAGGAUGAGCUCAUCCAUGCUGUUCAGUUUUUGGUAAAGCCAAGCCAACUAACAGGGUUUUCUUCUGUGACCUGAAGAAGCACUGCUGAGUUAGAGCUGCUGAGCAGAAGGCAGUGAAAGAAGGCACAGUACUAGUGUCGUCUGGCAGGAAGUGUUUUCCUUGAACACACCAAAGAACAACAGUACAAAAAUAAGGGUAGUCUCCAAAAAUCCCCCCCCCCAAAAACCACAUCCCAACAAAAAUCCAAAUUAAAAAACCCAUUAGACAGUAAAACACUAGCAGUGUAUCUGAAGUAUCAUUUUAGUUCUUUAGAUUCAGUUGUUUCAUAUGAAGGGGAAAAAAGUUGAUUUUUAGCCUUUUCUGUCUUUGGAGAAAUAGAAAGGGAAACAGG